AUCCUCGUCUUCGUCUUCGUCAUAUUCGUCCUCAUCCUCAUCAACCUCGACUUCGACCUGUACAAAGCGGAACGAUGAAAAUGACAAUAUCCGUAAAUUCGCGAACGUGGUCGGAGUCCUGCAUGUGAGUAUCUUCCAUGCCGAAUGCACUUCCCAAAUCCCUGAAUUUGAGAACACCUAAACCAUCGGAGAAGGAACAGUUGGCUACAGGUGUAGCUAAACUAUCUCAUCGACUAUCUAAGUUGACCAGUGCACACCACCAUCAAACAACGGAUGGCAGCUUGCGAGCUCUGUAUACUCCACGGGCCACCUUUCUGUGCACUGAAGAAAACUUGGACGAGAAGGAUGAUCCGGAGCCAGGCUGUCUCUUCAUCCAAUCGGACGUCACAAAAGCAGUGGAUGUCGCAAACGUCAAACGUCAAACAUCCGGUUCCUGCUUUAAAAUCAGACUAUCGUGCUCUCCUAAAGACCCGUGCAUCGUUGUCUUCGAUCUCCUUUUUACUCCUUCUGACAGUGAUCGUUUCACCUCUGCGACCCUUAGGGCGAUGUUUGCAACCGAGUUUGGUAAAAUCAUCGACAUUCCCAGUGUGGAUCCGCAAGGUGACACCGCAUACCAUGAUACGCCCCCCGGAGCUGUCACGAGCGCAUCUUCAACCCACUCGCGAGAUGAUGUUAUAAUCCAGGGGAAUGCUAUAGGCAGCUGGGCUAAAUUUGAGAUCAAGGAGGAUGACAGCAAAGCCAAAAAACAUGGACUGGGUCAGCAACAUUCGCUUUCCGUCAUUCUAUCGCCCUCGUUGGCCGGAAAGAAGAUUUACAUCGAGUUUCAUGCCCGUGCACGCCUCCAAAAAAAAGGACAACAUGUCAGGAGUAGUGAAGAAUUGUUGGUAGGAUCCGAAAAGGAGCCACGCAAACGGGCUCUGCUCUUACCCGUUGCAACGCAAGAGGAUUAUGCACCCGAUCAGGAGGACGGCCACAAUCGCGAUGACACGGGUGCAGAAAAGGGCAAACGGCUAGCGGUUAGCAGUAGCAGUGGUGGAAAAGGAAAAGGAUAACGAUCAACAGGGAUAGGGACAGGCGCAGUCGGCGGACCAAAGGCUAGGUUGAUUCAGAACAACUUACAUAUGGAGGGAACGGUGGAUUGAGUCCCUUUCCAAACUAUGUGCCGAUCGCUCGACAGCGUCGACGGGGAAGAAUUCUGGCAAACGUACAUUUUGAAUAUACGUAAGAUAAGCAG